GCUGUCCGUUUGGGCCACCUGGCCUCCUGGGACCACUGCCCUCCAUUGAUAGGGAGAAGCCACCUUCUCCUGCCCUGGCCCUUAACCUGGGGCAGCCGCAGAGCAUGGAUCCCUCCUGAUUCUAUUCUUGGCCCCAUGAUUCUCACAGUCAAGCUGCUUCUGGGCCGGAGAUGCAGCCUGAAGGUGUCUGGGCAAGAGAGCGUGGCCAUGCUGAAGAAGCUGGUGUCGGAACGACUGCAGGUGCCCGAGGAGCAGCAGCACCUGCUUUUCCGGGGCCAGCUUCUGGCUGAUGACAAGCGUCUCUCCGACUACUGCAUCGGGCCCAAUGCCUCCAUCAAUGUCAUUAUGCGGCCCUUGGCAAAGACGGCAGCUGCAGAGGCCCACCAGCCACAGCCUUUGUGGCACCAUCUGGGCCUGGUCCUGGCCAAACACUUUGAGCCCCACGACACCAAGGCAGUGCUGCAGCUGCUGAGGCGGGAGCAUCAGGAGCGCCUGCAGAAGAUAAGCCUGGGGGACCUGGAGCAGCUGGCACAGUACCUCCUGCUGCAGGAGCCGUUAGUGGAGCCUGCAGGGGAGAGGGGGCCUGAGGCUGAGACCUCAGAGCCCCAACACAAGAAGGAGGAGACGGAGGAGGAGAUAGGGGAGGAGGACCAGGAGGACAAGGAGGAGGGGAAGGCUGAUCAGUAAACUGGCCCAUCGUACUCAUUUGCAUGCUCAAA